AGAAAGUAGCGAGACUGAGGCAGACUGAAUAUUGUAUUUUGUUCCAAAUUUUUUUAGUUAAAAUAAAAGAGGAUCGUGUCCUUUGACGAGAAUAAUCUCGUUCCAAUUCUAGUGAAAAGAAGCGAUUUCAAGACCUGCGUCAAGUUAGCACCCCAUUUUUUAUUUCAAAUUUCUAAAACUUGUUCCAGGUUGCUCUAGACUUGUACUAAAUUGUUCCAGAAGAUCAAAUUUAUAUAAUAUAAGAAUUUCAAGUUUAUGGUGCUUAGAGAGUACACACAUUCGAUCUGCACAAAUCACACGUUCAUACGUAAUUUAAGUCUGUACUGUGUGCGAGAUUAAGUACAAGGUAUGAAAAAGGUGUGUGUGUGUGUGUCUGAGACACCGUAAUGCACUUCCUUCGACACACGUGCUCCUACGUCGACCAGCCCGGUUUGAACAGGGAGUUCCCUCGUUUGAAGAAGUGCCAGGCAGCUAGGUGACGGAAUAGCACGGAGCACCCACCCGCAACGGUGACGUAUCCAACUCCCGAAGAAAUUUUCACGAAAUUUCGGAGAACCAGAAGACACGCGAUUAACAGGAGAUUUCUUCAUCUCGUUGUCAUCUUCCUCCGUGAUUCUGCGAGGUGAGCGAGACACAAAUCGGGAAUAGAGACUAAUAUAUCAUAUCGAUACGAUAUCGAAUCGUUUGUCAAUGAGCUUUGAGGAUUUAACGGCGAGAAGAUAUCGACGAGACAUUCUCUUGAAAAGCUGUCGGUUAUUUUCUUCCGGAAACUUGGAGAUUUUUCGUAAGCUGCAACCGUCAAGCACGACGAAAUUUUCGGGACACUUGACACUUUUUUUCCAGUGAAUCAUCCACUCGGGUUUAAAAUUAUCUUUGGAGACAAACUCGAACAUUCCAAGCCGUUUGAUUUCUCGUACGAUUAUUUAAGAGAGUCUAGAACACGAGUGCUUCGAUCGUCGUUGUAGUCGAAUAUCGUUCGAGUGCAUAAAUUUCUCGGUCAAUUUUUCAUAAGUUACGACAAUGAACAUUGCAUCCUUCGUGCUUUUCUUAUUGAUAUCCAUCACGACCAAUGCGUGGUCUCAUCGUCAUCACCACCACCACCAUCAUCAUGAAUAUUAUCCAGAACAUAAAAAAGAAAGUAGUCGCGUAAGUUUUGUCGAACAAAAAUCCAGCUUUGGAAAUGAAGAAACCACAGAUACUGUACAAUCUGAAAUAUCCAAGAAAAGUAAAGAAUACUCAGAGGUCUUAGAAAGCAAAGGAUCAAUUCCCUUCAGCGCUCGAAGAUUAGAGAAAAUGUUGGAGAAGGCAAUCCUGAAGAUAAUCACAGGUGAUCUCGGCACGCCAGAGAUGCUGCUGCUGAAGAGCUUGAAUUACACGCCGGAAGAAGUGCUGGCGAUUCGCGAGCGGGAACUUGAUAAGCGAAGGGAUGAAGAAUUGAGAAAAAUAGAAGAAUCCGAUGGAAAAAAAUACGAUGAAAAUCUAUAUAGAGACAAAGCGAAGCAUUGGAACUAUAAUUCGAUGGAAGUUGAGUCGUCCUCCCGUAACGACCCCGACGUAGACGUGUCGAGGCAUGAGAGGAAGAAGAACCUAUACAAGGGGAAAGCCUCCUACGACAAGGAUUUUGACUUUGACGCUUAUAACCGCCAGGCGGUAAUCGAUUACGAAAACUUGGCUUCCAAACAUGAGCUGCAGCAAUCGUGGUCUGAACCUGCAGAUUUGGAUUACGAGGACGAGGUGAAAAACUCCCAAGAGCAGAACCCACCGCAAAACAUUCAUCGAAGCUUCGACCGAGCCAUGGAGCCUCACGUCAUCUUCAAGAUCCCCUACGACGAUUCCGAGUUCGAUUCCAGUUUCGGAUCCGAGGAAAAGUCGAAAUUUAUAGACAGAGACGCCCUUGUUUUGUCCAAGGGUCUGAAACAUCGCAUUCCUUCGACCUUGAGACACACGACUGCGAGGAAUGUUGCAAACUCCUUUCACGCUUCGUCAUUGUCUACUUCUUCUUCUUCUUCUUCGUCUGCUUCUUCUGCGGCUACUGGGUACACUCCACUUCCCAUAGUAUACCAGCUGAGGAAUUUUAAAGGCAUCAGGCCAGAUUACACGCAGAAUCAACCUUCUAGCACUCCGACGGAGUUUCCGGAACCUAACAUCACGAGCACUGUUAUUACAAAUGUUACAUCAAACGCAACUUCCAAUGCAACAGAUUUCGCUGGUUCAGCCAACGACAAUAAACCGUCUGUCACAAACGCAGACAAUACGACCAACAAGAAAAUGGGCGAGUUCGAGGGGCUGGAAUGGAUCGGAGACGAUAUUUAUAGGGUGAUACCGGCUUUUGCGGACUCACUGGGUUAUGACAACACUGAUGAGAGCGAGACGUCCGACUACGAGGAGCAAAAUCUAGGUUUCUACCCAGAGGGAAACGAAAACGAUACUCUGGAGUAUCAGAAUGAUACUCCAGAUUUGGCCAAGCUUUUCGUAGCCAAUACCAAUGUCUCCGUUGAGAACGCAUCGCAGACCAAUCUGACUGCCUAUCAGCAACUAGCGCACACUCAUCGUCAGGAAGAAAACGUAACUUCCAGCUUCGACAGUCAGGGCCAAAAGGCGAUCGAAGAUAUAAAGACGAGGAUUCUCACGUUAACUGGGAGAUUCAAUCUUAGCACCAACACCAAUCAGGUCCAUCACGAGAAACUUACUAUGUUUUCGCCUAUUUGUCAGAUACCUCGAAACACGGAUUCUGAGGCAUGGAUGGAUCCAUUUUCGAUGAACAUGCACUUUCAAUUAAAUCUUACUUCUGAUGACUACAUUGUCGCUGCGAGAUUACGACUUUAUAAGUUACCACAAGAGAAUGUCACGACUUCCGACCUCCGACUUUCGCACCCUUUCGACGAGGGUGAAGAUGAUGAGAAGAAGAUCAGGAUAUCCGUUUACUACUACACCAAAUCGCUGAAAAAGCAUCGAUCAAAGAAACGGCUGAUGGAUUCCAUCGUGACGCCUCUGACGGCAAAAGGCAGUCAUCUGGCGCUGGAUGUUAGGCAAGGCUUGAGAUUCUGGCGACCGACUCCGCGAAAUCCACAUGGCAACGGUAACAAUCACGGUUUGGUGAUUCAGAUAGAGGACCAGGAGAAUCGGCCGCUAAAACCGGCUCUGUACAUCCAACAAACGUCCUGUGGGGACCACGAUUCGGAUGAGAAGGCAUUGCAACGCACACCUGCACUUUUCGUCCGAGCCUGUCCUCGUUAUGUUCGCAUCGUAAAUGACGAAAAAAUCACAUACAUAAAUUGUAGGCAUUGACGACAAAAUGCACUUGACCACGAGACAAAAGAAUUUAUUUCAAAAUAAGAAAAGUCGACUUAAAAUAUUGUUAUUAUUAUUACCUAGAAAUACUUGCCAUUAAACACGUAAAGAAACGUGCACUUUUAUUGUAUAAACUCAGAGUCGUAUAAAGAAGUAUUUAUCCAGAAGUAUCACAUAAGAAUGAAUCCUAAGUACUAAAUUUUAAACUUUAGAAUUUAAGAAAUUCUAUAUCAAAUAUGAGAAAAUCGAUUGAACAAUAGAUUAGUAAGCAUAUAGAUACAGAGACAGAAUUACCAAAUAAAAUGUCCGUUUUAAACAUAUUAUGAAAAAUGCACUCUUUCACUAAUUACUUAUCUUUUCUCACUAUUCGAAAUUUAUCUGAAAAAAUGCAGGUUUCACAUUAAAUAAAUAAUAAUAGUUUAAAUUGUAAAAAAUUGACAUGGUUUGUAAGAAUUCUUUAUAUAGACUGUUUACUAUUAACUUAAAGAAUUAUUUAAAUAUAGUAAGAAAUAUAUAUAUAUAUAUAUAUAAAAGAGCUAAUAAUAAUUCUUGUAUCUUGAAGUAUCUCCUUUAAGCAUGGUAUUAUAAUGUACAUAUAAGUAAAUGUAAAAUAGCGUAUCGAUGACUUAUGCAAUCGCCAACGUGUCAACAUGCUCAUGACUGAUAUAGCCAAAUGUAAAAGUUUAGGUUCAUAUAUCUAUUUAUAUUAAAUAUAGUUAGAUUGAUUAAGGAAUCUUUUCUCCGAGUCUUUAGUUAGAUGAAUCCGCGAAGAGUUUCUCUGCGAAAACGUUGCAGAUGUCUAGGAAAGCCUUUCUUGUCUUCGAAACUGCAACGACUUCUAUGAUACUUAUGUAUGUGACAAAAGAAGCGUAAUGUUUAAUGCCUUCUGCGGUGUAUAUAAUGUAUAUUUCUAUAUCAUGUUGCAGAGAAAUAAAUUCAUUUGUAGUAAGAUA